UAAAGGCUUGAUUGGACAGUGAUAAACUGGAUUCAGAGAACACAGUUGUGUGAUAUGGCCUUUCAACUUUGUCCCUUUCAACAGGCUCAGGCAUUGCUCCAAGACGUCCACGCCACGCAGAGGAACUUACUGAUCUGUGUUUUUAUUCCUGCCGGAUAGUUUUACUGUAAUUUAAUCAGCUGCUGCUUUAAUGUUGGAAUUAUGACACUGAAUACAGACACGGUAAGACAGCUUUGUUAUCCGACCACAGGAUACAACUAUGUGUGUAAGAGUUGGAUUCAGACUGAGUGUGCUUAAAAAUCAGUUUUGAAGAAGUUAAAUGUGUGUUAACUUGAGGAGUCUUUGUCCGAGGCAAAGUGUGGGACAACUGGAGGGCUGAGUCGUGUUUUUAGAAACAAGCAGUCGGACACGCAGCUUCACUUCUGAGAAACUGAGGAUCAUCUGCAUGUUAAACUCGAUGCUCAGAGUAGUCCUUUGUUUCAGGUGCGUAGUGGGAUGAAUUUCAUUGACCUCUUGCUCAGGAACCCGGACGAAACCACCGGUUGCCACAGCAACCAGCCGUGUACUAUCACGAUUCAUGAAACCCUGAGCCACAGAAGGAGGGCUGCUGAUGACUUCCUGGGUGUGCUGCUGGGUGGGAGCGACUCCUCCUCUGCUCCAGCAUCCCCCCUGUGGUCCCCCGGCACCACUGACAGCGGCAUCAAUGAGGACGCGCUGGUGGACCCCAGAGAGACCCUCCACCCGCCCUACUGCUCAGUGUUUACAGCCUUUGACACGCAGUCUUUCCCUCAACUUCCACUUCCAGAGAACCAGCUCCCGCCGCACGAAAGAACAUCCGACGUUUACAUUGAUAUAGGCUGGGAGUCUGAUGACCUCCAACAGCCGUUUGGCAUCGCACACUACCUCACCACGAACCAACCCUCCAAUCAGACGCUCACCGUCAAGGACCUGCUGCUUACCAGUCCGGGACAGAAAGCGCAGCAAAUCUCCCAGCAUUCCUCACAGGAGCUGGUUCUUAAUGAGGAGGAGAAGAAGCUCCUGGUUAAAGAAGGGGUGAACUUACCCAACAAACUGCCCCUGUCCAAGUUUGAAGAAAGGGUUUUGAAGAAGAUCCGGCGGAAAAUCCGCAACAAGCACUCAGCUCAAGAAAGUCGGAAGAAGAAGAGAGAAUAUGUUGAUAGUCUGGAGGGAAGGAUGUCUGCAUGCGGUGCUCACAACCUCAAGCUGCAGAGAAAGAUGCAGCAGCUGGAGGAGACCAACAAUGAUCUGCUGGAGCAGCUCAGCCGGCUACAGGCGUUCCUCCCCAACUGCUCCAGCAAAACAAGGCACAGAGGGACCUGUCUCCUGGUUUUGCUCCUCUCCUUCUCCCUGAUCAUUUCCUCAAAUCUUCAGCCAGACUCCUACAGCCAACCCAGCCAGGGAGAGUACACACAGACCAAAGUGCCGUCCCGCACCUUGCAGUCGAUGGAUGAAGUGCGAGACGUCGCUCCCGUUCCUCUCUUCUCCAUCUCCAGAGGCUUUGAGGCUGUGGGUCAGGUGAUGGAAAAGCUCUGAGCCUGGACAUAUCUCCCCGUGGUAGACUUCCCGUCUUCCCACCACCAGGAUUGCAGGCAAUCCCUGAUCUCCUUGCAACCCCCAAAAGAAAGACAUAGCAAAGGAAAUCGGGCUUGUUUGCAGGCGGAGUAUCCAAAUGAGCAAUUUUGAUCGUUUUUCAAAAUCUGUUUCUUACUGCAGAGACUGAGAGUGUUAUGCUGUGUGUUAUGGUGGGUUUGCCAUCCACUCAUCCACAUACAAACUGCUCGUUCAAAGUAAUGUAAAUGAAAUUCACUCACUCAGAUGGAGGUCAGCGAGGAGGUCAUCCAAACAUAUGUUCAUGUUGCUUUGGAAAACAGCCUCGGGGACAUGUUUUAUAUGUAAAUUCUGCAAAUGCUGUAUUUUGUUAUUUACUUUUAAAGUAUAUGUUAGGAAAAAUAUUUAUCAAAAAAGAUUUGUACUCGUUUAGUUUGCAAUGCUGACAACAGCAAAACAUAAUUAAAAUGUUUACUCGAGUGAUUUUUUUUGGAAGCCCCUGUGGGAUUUGUUUAUCCCAGUAAUGCCAUGUGUCUCAUUUGGAAGAGAUUGCAACACAAAAAAAUGAGGGAAAACUAAAAAAAAUGUUCAUGAAAGCUGUCAAUGUGGGAAAAGCUUCAGUUUUAUCAAAAUUGUUGAGCAAAAGUCUUUGUUAUUUUAUUUGUGGAAAUAUAAUGAUUGGCGGCUCAUGUAAUUAUGUAACAUGCUUUUUUCCAGUGAUGCCAAAGAUAGUUGUUGCAUAAACAAGCUGUCAUUCAUUGCAUUUCAAGGACAGUGACUGAACGGCCCUCUGUUACAUAGAGUUAAUCCACCUCACACUUCAUUGGUUAGUUAUUGUCUCUGGUUUGCUGGUGCUGCACAUAAUAUUUUCUAUUAAUAUUCUAUAUUAUGUCCAAAACCUCCAAUGUUUCCUUGCUCAUCUCCUCUGUUGAAUGUAACGCAUCAUAAUUCAGUUCAUCUGUUUUGUCUGGGGCGAAAUGUGCAUCUCAAAAAAACAUUUUUUAAGGAUUGAUGCCUUCCGAGCGAAGGAACGCGGGGAACAUCAAUUUCACAUGUGGAUUUAUGAAGCGCUGAUGUUCAAGCAUCCUUUGCUCACUGAAAUAACAUGAACUCAGUUGAGGCCAGUCCCAUACGAUGGUAUUCACACACAGCAUGUGUUGAAAUGUCACUAGAUACAGUUUCCUACAUUAAGCACAAUAUACAAGGUCAUGUCCUUCAUGAUUUACAGUAUGUUUUGUAAGUACUACCAUUAGUAUGGACUGUCACGACCCGGCUCUUAGGCCACGACAAAGACAAGGGAGACACCGGGUUGUUUACAAGAGUAACAGUCUUUAAUUCUCAUUAACAUAGUACAGAGAUUCCAGCCACCGACUACUGCUGUUGACAGCUCUAAAAAGCGUCCGGGGACGCGUCAGCUGUUCCCGGCUGUGAUGAUGCUCCGCCUCCUCCGCACCUGCAACACAUGAAGUCCUGGCAAACCCCGCCUCCAGCCAGAGGGGCGUCACAGGACAUAUUCAUAUUUAGGUUAGGUUGGAUAAAAAGUUAAGGGGAUCACCAAAGUGAUUACAUCGUAAGGGGAUAUGUUCUGGACCAC